GAGCUGCCAAGGACUUUUGGAUUAUCAAAAGGUUGAGUGAAUGUUUCCCUUCACUGUGGUGGACAUUGUGAAUGGUGAGAAACUUUCUCCCUUUUUAAAUCUUGUGAGGUCACUACAACUGGAUCCUGUUGGCUGACCCUACCAUCUGGAGUUUUGGCUCAAAAUACUUCAAGUUUCAUGGUCCAAUUGAGGCAACAGAAUCUAUAUUAAAAGGACAACCUGCUUCCCCUGGCUCAGGUCAUUGUUCAUUCCAACAAUAGUGAUGUUCACCUGCUAAAGCUGCAGUCUCCUGUACAGCUGACUGAGCAUCCAACCCAUCACACUCCCUUCAUCUUCACAGACCUUCACCUCAGACAUGGAAUGCUGGGUGACUGGCUGGAGGAACACUGAUUCUGGAGGUCCCAUUCUGUAUGGAGAAAUGAAAAAGACUAGAUUGCGGUUGGGAUUCCAAGGGGCAAAGCAGAGCGGAGUGGCGUCGAAUCGAGAAUGGAUGGUAAGUGCUCUGAAAGAGAACACAAUGGAUUCUGAGCUUUCUCAGGUCCGUCACACUAUGCAAGAAGCUCUCCAGACUCUUUCAUCUUCCAGUGAUGGGGUACAAAUCUCUGAGGCCCUGAGGUCUGUGAAGCACUACUUGAAUGGAUUACAGAACAUAGUCCCACCUAGAGAGAGGGAAGAAUGUUCCAAGAUCCACUUUUCUACCUUCCUUCAAUGUCUUGUCAACAAAUUGAGCCCUGAUUGGCUGGAACUGCUACCUGCUGGCCAGUUAGAAGAAUUAUGGGAUAGCUUUUUUCUAGAAAGUCCUGCUGACCAAGCCUUUCUGGUCUUGAUGGAAUCCAUCAUUGUUACUGCUGGUCCGAGCUUUCGUCUGAUGAAAAUGUCCCAGGUGCUUACCAAGUUCCUGAAGAGGGGCAGACUGGUAGAACUGAUGUGGGAGAUAUGUCAGCAACAGGUGCCUCGGGGCUCAUCCCUUCUCCAGGAGACUCUCCUCAGCAAAGUUGUGUGUCUGCCCGAUCACCUGGGUAACCGGAUGAAGGAGCACUGCCCAUCCCUAUUCUUUCCCCAGAACUACUUCCCUUUGCUGGGGGAGGAAAUGAUCCAGGUGCUCCAGAAGAUCUCUGACUCACUCAGAGGAGGCUCGGAUUGUUCCAUCUCCUUUCUAUCCCAAAUACUAGCGAAAGUCUGCAUCCAUGGGAGACAAAAAGAGAUUUUGGGAGUGUUGGUACCCCGCUUGACAGAGCUCACCCAAGCUGACUGUAUCUGGCAGAGACUCAGUUGGCGCCUCAUGGAAUGUGUGCCAGACCGGGGGAUGGAGGCAGUAGUGUCUGGACUUCUCCAAGAAGCUCCAGGAGCCAAAGUUCUUUCUCAGUUACUGGGGAACCUGGUGAUGAAGAACAAGAAAGCCCAGUUUGUGGUGACCCGGAAAUGCCUGUUGAUGCAAUACAGAUACCCAACUGAAAUGCUUCAAAACCUCCUGGGAUACUUGGCCUUGGAUAGCCAUCGGCGAACUCUCCUCUUACAGGUGCUGAAGGACCUCUUGGAGACUUGGGGCAGCCGCAGUGCCAUCAAACACUCCCCAGUGGAGCAGCAGCUUUACAUCAGCAAAGCCCUCCUGAUCUGCUUGUCCCACCUGAAGGAGGCUGAGAUAGAGCAUAUCAGGGAAGAGCUGCUGACCACCAUGAUGGGAGGUGUGCAGUGUCAUAUUGAGAGUAGUCUACCCCAAGUCCGACACCUGGGAAUGAUUGUGGCAGAGACCAUCAGUUCCCGAAUACACUCAGAGGGGCCCAAGUUGAAAUUCCAGUAUGAAGAAAAUACAUGGACCAGGGAAUUGUUGUCUUUGGUGAAUGUGAAGCCCGCUGAUUCCGGACCUCCAGCUUCUGGUUCACCCAUCGUGCCGGCACCUACCGCACAACCAGCCAGUUUGAGCCCAGAGGGCAAAGCACCCCAAGAAGAAGAAAGAGAAAAGGGAUCUGACUCAGAUCUAGACAGUGAUGAUGAAUUUGUCCCAUACGACAUGACAAGGGACAAAGAGCUGAAGAACACCAAGGCCCCAGUGUACAUCCGGGAUUGUCUGGAAGCAUUGACAAGUUCAGAAGAUGUGGAGCGGUGGGAAGUGACGCUACAGGUUCUAGAGAGCUUGAUCCAAAGGAACCCGGCUGCCACCAGAGAGGUGAGUACAGAACUAGCCAAGGUGCUGCUCCAUCUGGAGGAGAAGACCUCUAUGGAGGGGUUUGAGAUGUUGCGUCGGCGAGCCCUGGUGGCUGUGACCAUCAUAGACCCGGUACAGGUUGCACAGUAUCUGACUUCCCAGUUCUAUGCCAUGAAUUACAGCCUUCGGCAGCGGAUGGACAUCCUAGAUGUGCUGAUUCUUGCAGCUCAGGAACUCUCAAGCCCCAAGAGCCUAGAGAAAGCCAAAAUUCCUGGUCCUGUCGAGGCCGGUAUCCAGCUCUCACCUGCUCCACUGUCUCCCAGUCUCAGCAGAGUUCCUUCUGAGGAUUGGCGGAGAAUUGUGGAGGAGAGGAUCAAGAACAAGACACGUCGGUUUGCCAAGGGACCUUCCAGAGUCAACACAGCAAAUGAACCCAAUAAACUUAAUUCUGUGGUUGGCUAUUUCUUCUUCCCUCUUAUUCAGCGUUUUGACAGGCCUCUUGUGACUUUUGAUCUUUUGGGAGAGGAUUCUUUGGUGCUGGGAAGACUAGUUCACACCGUUGGAAUCCUCAUGUAUUUUGCCAUUAAUACCACAGCAGCUGUGCCAAUGGGGAAAGCGCUGCUGGAGUUUGUGUGGGCCCUUCGUUUUCAUACAGAUGCGUAUGUGCGUCAAGGCCUCCUGUACGCCAUCUCCUCCAUCCUCUUGAGUGUUCCUGCAGAGCGCCUUCUAGAGGAUAUGACAGAGGAGCUCCUAGAAACCAGGUCCUGGCUGGCAGCUGUAGCAGAGAAUGACCCAGAUGAAGACUGUAGGAAGCUGGCCAUGCAGGCACUCCUACUUAUGGAAAAGCUAAAAGACAAACUUCAAAUAGGUUCUUCUUAGUGAAUCCAGAUGCCCUUAACCUGGCCCCACAGGUGGCCUGAUAGGAUUUUUGGACCAUCACCUGGCUGGCAAAAAGGAAGGCGGGGAGAAACAAGGGCCUGGCCUGACAUCUGGGCUUUGUAGUGGCAGCCAACUCCAUGAAAUAUUGAUAUCCGGUACUGAGUGUACAGAUGCAGGAAAACGCAGUAGAGUCGCUGUCUUCCUCCCCUCCCCCUGCACACUGAAUAUGCUAUUUUUAGCCUGGCAAGUUGGAGUCUUCAGCUAAAAAUACAGCAAGCUCUGUAUAGCCACUGCCUCUUUACAAAAACAGCAGGAGCAAAGAACCAGUUAUGGAUGGCUAUGGACAAAGUCACCCACAUGCCUGAGGAAGCCAGCUCCAAGAUUUCUCUUUUCACUGAAUCUUGUCUUGGGGGUUGAAAGGUGUUUGUUGUAACGCUGAAAAAAGAAGGGUCUUAACAGAAAUUGACCUCUUCUGAUAUUUCUUCACAUUAAACCCCUCCCCCCUGGGUUUUCUGUUCUAAGAGGAACUGAAGGGGUAAGCUAAUGGUAUGGGGGGGGGGAUGAAAAGCAGGGUGUCACUUCUGUUGCCUGGACUAGAUCUCCAAAGAGAAACCACGGUGGGAGGAUGGGAUCUGAAGAUUGAUGAGGCCCCCAGUGUAGAUUUUGACCUCCUACCCUCCAAAUGCUUUCCUUCUCCCAGCUUUUGUUUGCCCGAGGUACAACUGGAGAACAAUGGAAUCAAGACUCUCCUCUUUGCUUGCUCAUCCCGUGCUCGGCUCCAAGUUCAGAGUCUUGAAGGGGAUGGACACAGUUAGCGAAGGUCCUGGCUUGUGCCUGUGUGGGACUCGGCCCAGGAUGGUUUCCCUAACGUGAGCCUUGCUGCAUACUCUUGGGCCAAGGACAGGAUUUGUUGGGGUGAUCAACUUGCUAGGUUAAUGUCCUGUCCUUUUCAUUCCAUUGCACAUUUGCCAGUUUAUAGCUAUACCACUCUUCCAGUGUGGUAUAAAGGAGAAGAUGCAAGCUUUCUGAUGCCCAUGAGAAGAGAGAAAAAAAAAAGCCAAGGACUUCUAUGGCCAGAGCUGGAACCGGGGGAGGGAGGGGAAAUGGGGGACUUAGCUUUCCACAUGCCCUGAAAGUUCUUAAUGGAGUCCUGGGUCUCAACACUGUCAUAGGGAAACAUGGCACUAGAUCUGCCUAUUAAAGAAGCCAAGCAAAGGCUGGUAGAGGCUCCCUUGACAUGACUCAAUUAGAUUUUCUUGAGUCUUUUUUUUUUAAUGGCAUAAAAAACCUUUGAUUCUGGGAAAGGGAUUUGGAGUUAAUAAAACACUAAUUUUGGAAGUAGCCCUACGAGCCAGCUACCCAUGAGCACAAAGCUUUAAGUCCACCAACUCCUUACCCCCAAAAUACAAGGGGAUACCACCAGGAUCUGCCAGGACAGUCAGCUUCAGCUCCUUAUGGUGGUAAAGUAGAUAAAGUGCUGGCCUUCAAGUCAGGAAGAGAUGGGUUCAAGGCCUGCCUUGGCCAUGUACUGACUGGGAUGUCAGGCAUGUGAUCUAACCUCUCAGUGCUCUGGGCCAGAACCAGAUGAACAUGUAACUGGGAAACAUUUAACAAAAUAAAAAUACAUCACCAAGUUAA